AUUCUAACAUUCCCUUAUGAAAUGGUAGGUACUAUGUUUAACAUGAAAGAUACCUAAAGGUCAGAUGUUAAUUCUUCAGUGCAAUACAUUUCUCCUCGAAAAGUUUGUAAUUAUUUAUUUGCAAACUGUCAUCAAACAAAGUGCUACUAGUGAAGCAGAACUGAGAAAGAAAAGUGGACUGAGUUUUGCUUAAGUGUUAUUACUGAUAAAAUAUUGUGUUGUUUCAGGUUUUUUACCGAUAAUUGGUAUUUUGCCCCUGCUCUUUACUGAAGUUAUUAGAGGUGAUUAAAAACUGGCUCUUCUCUGAAACAGGUGAACAGCGUUUGUAAGAUGUUUCAGAGAUGAAAGAAAGAGGCAAAGAGCCUGAAAAGGAAGUACAAUUUCCAUGGAAAUUUUCCACUUUAUGGGGAAGACUUGAAAGUUGCAGAUGGUCUGGGUCUACUGGAUUAGCGUUCAUUUUCACUGAUGCUCUUCCUCGGCACUCACACGAGGACACAAGGGCAGCGCAGGCUGUACCCCCGAGUCACAGUAAAUCCACGCAAGAGUCCCGUUCCGCAGCCGCGGGAGCCACGGCCAGCCGCGCCGCCGGUCCUGCCCAGCUCCCACGGGAGGGCUCGGCGGGAUUCAUUUCAGACCACCGCGGGCCGUGCCCUGCGAGAAGCGGCGGGCGGCUGCUUCCCAGCCGGGCGGUCAGCGGGACAUGGCCCCUGCCCGAGGCGGCGCCGCGGGGCCGGGGCGCGCACAGGGCCACGGCUCGGCGGGGCCGGGGCGCUGCGGGCGGAGGAGGCGCGCAGGGGGCACCGAGGGCCCAGGGGAGGCGAGCAGAGCCCGCCGCCCUCCCACCUCCCGCCCCUUCCCUCCGGCCGGGGACAGCCGCGCCGCCUAACGCGCCGCAAACUUUGCUGCCCCCGCUCCGAGCUGCGCCUCGCCUGCGGCGCGGCGGGCGGCGGCUCCGGCUGCCGGGAGCCCCUCGCUGCCGGGGCGCGGAGCGGGCGCGGCCGCGGCGCUGCCAGGGCAGAGCCCAGCGCGGCCCCGAGCGCCGGCGCCGCUCCCGCCGCGGCCCGAGGGAGCCGCCGGCCGCCCCGCAGCCCGGCCGUGGGACAGCAUGAGCCAGGCGCAGCCCUACGCGCCGCGGAGGGGCAGCUCCCCGGCGCCGGGGACCCGGCGGAACGACAGCCAGGACUACCUGCUGCUGGACGCGGAGUUGUGCGAGGAGAGCGCCCUGCCGCCCUACGCCUUCUACCCCGUAAUGAUUACAAGAAACUAUCUAUGCAGUGCAAAGAUUUUGUGGUGGGGCUGCUUGAUUUGUGCAGAAACACGGAAGAAGUGGAAGCUAUUUUGAAUGGUGAUGUAGAGAUGAGCCAUAGUAAUGGAGAGCACGGUCGUCCCAGCCUCAGCCGCUUGAAACUCGCCAUCAAGUAUGAAGUUAAAAAAUUUGUAGCACAUCCAAACUGCCAGCAGCAGCUCCUCUCGAUUUGGUACGAGAAUUUGUCGGGUCUGCGGCAGCAGACGAUGGCAGUGAAGUUUCUGGUUGUCCUCGCGGUUGCGGUCGGACUGCCCUUCCUCUCCAUGGCCUAUUGGAUUGCUCCUUGCAGUAAGCUGGGGAAGAUAAUGCGUGGACCAUUUAUGAAGUUUGUAGCCCAUGCAGCCUCUUUCACCAUAUUUCUUGGUCUGCUUGUCAUGAAUGCAGCUGACAGGUUUGAUGGCACCAAACUCCGACCUAAUGAAACAACAGACAACGUAAAACAGCUUUUUAGGAUGAAAACAUCCUGUUUCUCAUGGAUGGAGUUGCUUAUUAUUUCUUGGGUAAUAGGCAUGAUAUGGUCUGAAUGUAAAGAAAUUUGGUCUCAAGGUCCAAAGGAAUACCUGUUUGAGUUAUGGAAUAUGCUUGAUUUUGGUAUGUUAGCAAUUUUUGCAGCAUCAUUUAUAGCAAGGUUUAUGGCAUUUUGGCAUGCAUCCAGAGCCCAGAACAUCGUUGAUGCAAAUAUGAAAGAUCUGACAAGUCCAACACUGGAGCCCAACAUAAAAUACUACACCUUGGCCAGAAUAAACUGGGAUCCAUCUGAUCCUCAGAUCAUUUCUGAAGGGCUGUAUGCAAUUGCAGUGGUGUUGAGUUUCUCACGGAUAGCCUACAUCUUACCAGCUAAUGAAAGCUUUGGGCCUCUGCAGAUAUCGCUCGGGAGAACCGUGAAAGACAUCUUCAAGUUUAUGGUGAUAUUUAUCAUGGUGUUUGUGGCUUUCAUGAUAGGCAUGUUUAAUCUCUAUUCCUACUAUCUGGGGGCAAAGCAAAAUGAAGCAUUCACAACUGUUGAAGAAAGUUUCAAAACAUUGUUCUGGGCUAUAUUUGGACUCUCAGAAGUUAAAUCAGUUGUUAUCAAUUAUAAACACAAAUUUAUUGAAAAUAUUGGUUAUGUUCUUUAUGGAGUCUAUAAUGUUACCAUGGUCAUCGUCUUACUGAACAUGCUUAUCGCAAUGAUCAACAGUUCAUUCCAGGAAAUUGAGGAUGAUGCUGAUGUAGAAUGGAAAUUUGCAAGGGCUAAACUUUGGUUUUCUUACUUUGAAGAAGGGAGAACUCUUCCAGUACCCUUCAACUUAGUGCCAAGCCCAAAAUCUUUGCUGUAUCUCCUAAUCAGAAUCAAAAAAUGUAUUUCUAAACCAUUUUUGUGCCAAAAGAAAAGCUUUCAGGAAGAUGCAGAGAUGAACAAGCUUGGUCAAAGGAAGCAAUCAAGUAUAAGAAGCUCAGAUGAAAUCCACUUAAAUAGUUUAAACAAUCCUCCAAGACAAUACCAGAAAAUAAUGAAGCGUCUUAUUAAAAGAUAUGUGUUGAAGGCUCAGAUAGAUAAGGAAAGUGAUGAAGUCAAUGAAGGUGAGUUGAAGGAAAUUAAACAGGACAUCUCAAGUCUCCGGUAUGAACUCCUUGAGGAAAAAUCUCAGAAUUCUGAAGAUCUGGCAGAACUUAUAAGGAAACUUGGAGAAAAACUGUCACUUGACUCUAAGGAAGAAGAAACCAAGAGAUAACCGAAAUAAGAUAUGCAACAGAAUGUUAACAAUUCACUUAAAGCCAUAUUUCUGUUUUCCUCAAGUCUAGCUCACAUUUCUAAAAAAGAUUCAGAAAUUAAAUCAUUCCAAUUCUUUAUUAAAAAAACACAGUGGCAAAUGCUCUAGGUCUACAGUAGGGAGGCCAUACCACUUCAGUAAAGAUAUUUAUUCUUUACCUGCUGAAGUAUAGUUGAUCUGAGAUAAUUUAAAUACUCAACUUACCUCUUUCAGAAUUCCAGUGGAAUCUUGAUAAGCCCAGUCAAGAAAGAUUAAAAGCAUAGAUCUAAACUUUUCAUAUGUUAACUGUUUAUUUUUUGCAAAUUUUCUUUUUUAAGCAUUCUUACAUAUAUUUUAGUGAAGCAAAAGGGAAGAAUCCAGGCUUUUAUAUAUAUCAAAAGCUAUUUAAUUUUUCCAGUAUUCCCAACUAGCAAAAAAUAUUAAAAAAGCUAACUGCCUUUCCUAAAAAUGUGUAGGAUAUUAAAAUAAACUUAUGAAUGUUUCCAUGUAGAGACAUCAGGACACUCAGAGCACUGUGUGGUACUUUUCCCUGCUGAUCCCUGUCAGCACUAGACUAUCCUGCAAGAUGCCUAGGUUUAAAUGGGAGUUAGUGCAUUAAGAAAAUAUAUUUAUCACCAAGUUUGUUGAAAAGUUGUUUCUGAGGCUUGGAGCCUGGAAGAAAAUCUUCUUUAAUCCAAAAUAACUAACCCUUGAUGUUCCAAUAUGUUUCAGAAUUCCCAGGUUCUCCAGCUUUUAUGUCUUGAACUGAACCUCGCAAACUGCAGGUUAGAGGUUUGAAUAAAACAUUUUUAAUUGAGGUGGAAGAUACUAAAAUGUUAGGUGCAAACCUUUCUGUGAAUUCUGGGAACAUAGUGCAUGGGGGACCAUGUUUCUCUAUGUUAAACCUGUUUAUAUGAUUAAGUUUUCUUCAGACAUAUAGAUAACAAACAAAACAAUCCUGUUGCAAAAAUUCAUGAAAUCUCAUCUUCUAUGGAUUUGCAUCCCUGGUCUUUUUUUCCACCAGUGAAAGCUCAGCUCUUGUGCUGUAUUCUUUAGGACUCUUCUAAUGAAGAAUCUUCACUCCAUGUGGCAAGGAAAGUUCCAACACUUUCACCCUGCCCAUUGCAACAGUAAAAAGUCUCUUUUGGUUAAACUGCAGAUGAGCUAUCCCAUGCUCUGUCCGGCUGUUUGUUAUGUAACAAUGCCCAUGCAGGACAGUCAGCUGGUUUCUGUCUUUCCAGACAGAAACAGCAUAAAUUCCACGUAAUUUUUCCCUUGGUUAAUACACAAUUUGUAUUUCUCUCUUUGGACAGUCACUAAUUCUGGAAGUGUUACACAUUUCAUUGGGCAUCUCUGUUUCUCUUUAAGCUUUUUUUUGAGAUUAGUGAAAGGGCUGUGAAAAAUUAUAACAUGGCAUCAAGGUGUAUGACACACCUGUAAAAGACUUGUAUGCAACAAGGCUUAAAAAGGCUUGUCAGUAAUUGCUUUAAAAUUAGCUUUGUGAAACUUAUUUACUGUGGAAUGUAUUAGAAUGUUUCUGCCUCUCCCUUUUAGGCUGGAGAUUAUUUUUAAUGGGUCCAGAUUAGUUUCCAGCUGGAUUUAUUGAUAGUUCUUUUUUUAAAAAAUUGAUGGAAUCACUGUGUAUUUUCAGGGAAAAAAGCGCCAUAUAUUAGAACGGGUUUUGAAAUCACUUGGAGACAGGUGGAGGGAGGGGACUGAGGUCAGCCUGCCCCUGAGUGUUUGCCAUGCUUUGGAGGAAGUGCUUGGCACAAAAGUUAAGGCACAAAUGGAGUAUGGGGAGCAGUGUGUGUCCCGUGGGCCUCAGGUGCAAUGAACUCAGGGUUUAGAAAUUUCGGAGGCUUCUUCCUCUGAGGGAGAAGAAGGAAAGUGAGGAUUCAAAGGUAGUAGAGCACAGGCAGUUGGUGUGACCUCAGGCUGGAAGGCAGCAUGGCAGUAACUUCACUGCAUUUUGGCUCCUGGAUUGGCUCCUCCUUGGCCAGGACUGGCCUCUGAAUCGGAGUUCCACCUGAGAAUUUUGGGUCUGGUUUUCUGAGGGUGGGCGGUGCAUUCAUCUCCACUGAAUGGCUGUGCAAGAGGCCACGCUGCUCACAGCACAUCUUCCAUCUGAGAGAAGCUCUUCAGAAGAUGUGUUCAGAGACUCUGAGGUAACAGGGACAGUCAAUGUUCACUUUCAGUAAUCAGAAGUCUUAAUUUUUGGUCAUUUUAAUACACAAUUUGGAUCUGCUGUAGUGCUCAUUGAUGGUAAGCCCUCACUCUCCAUAAACCCAGUGAAAGGAAAUACAUAUACACAGGUUGAGGUCCAGGCACUUUUAAAGUGAAGCUUUUUACUACAGAGGUAAAAUGUACACUGUGAAUUUGUUUAAACCCCAAAUUUGAUGUACCUUAAAGUUACAAGAUCGUAAUGUAUAUAUUGUAUUUCAUGAAGAAAAUACAUACGGAUUUUUUUAAUCAUGGAAGAUAUUUUAUAUGUAAUUAUUACUCAUGGAAAAAUUUGUUAAAUAUAUUUGAAGAGUUCUAUUGCCAAGUGUAGUGUGACAACCAAUGUAGUAUUUAAAAUGAGCACAAUACCAAAUGUAUUAUCCCAAUUAAAAAAAAAUAAAUGUACUAGACUAAAAAUGCCUUUGUGAUCCAUUGUAUGAACAUUUUGGUAUUUCACUAGGAACCUUUGGCUGCUCUUGCUUGGAAGAUUGAUAUGGUAAAAAAAGUCAAUUAAAAAAAAAUUCAAAGAAGGAACAAGAGUCUUUUCAUACUUAAUUAGACACAAGGCAAGUAUUUUGUCUCCUGUGGCUGUGUCUGAUGCUAGAUGUUUCAGAACGUCUGCAGUAACAGAUGAUUUUCACCUUACAUAGUUCUCCUCUUAGUUUCUAAUAAAACAAUAUUUUGAUGAGGAAGUAGUUCCAGAUUUUUUGUGAAUUAUUAGGAUAACAAGAUAGUCUUGCUGCCUACUUAAUUGUUUCUUUAAACCUUGUUAAUAAUUACUUGAGCUCAGCAAUGCUGUUUCUGUAGCAGCAGCUUCCACAUCUAAACCAGACCUGAUAUGAAGUAUUCCCUUUAUAUAUGUUUUUUCCCCUGAGUAUUUAUUAAACUUGAAUUAUGAAAUAUGGUGGGUAGAUUUUAUCAUCCCUUAGAGAAUCUCCUUUCUGUUCAUCCAAAUGUAUUUCACUGAAACUUAUGGAAGGGCUUGAGAACCUCUGAAGAGAAGACAAUGAAGUAAGAAAAUCCCCAAAUCAAUGUUUGUCCAAGGUUUUCUCACACUAUUCUGGAUGAAACAGAAUCAUGUCUAAAUAUUGAGGAAAAGCUUUCUAUAUCAUGGAGGACUGGAAUUUUUAUUAGAGACCAAUCAUGCAAUGCAAGCCUGAGGUACCCAAGAUUUACAGUGACAGAUGCUGAGAAAAAGCUGCAGGAUUUCAAAUGAAAAUUCCAACAUUCCAGGUAAAAAUCUGCUGCAUUACACCGUAUUUUGGAGCGCUGGCAGGCCAAGCCAAUGAACGCUACUAGUUUUAGAAGUGGUUUGUACAGGUUGGUUUGAUUUUAGAUGACAGCCAUGAAGACUUAAGCAACUGAGCUUGUCUAGUGUUUCUUCAUAUUCAGUGGAUAGAAAUGGUCAAAGGCAUGAUUUUGUGUCAUCUUAAGGUAGACAAGCAUCUCAGAUGAGUCAUAUAGUAGAAGUGACAGUUUAUGUCCUGUUACUCUGAAGAAGGCGCUGUAGCUGUUAGCAACAUUUCUAUUGAAGUGUGAGAAGUCCCAGCUUGUCAGAAAUCAGCACUACAGCUCACAAACAGUGCAAGGCCAUGAACCAUCACAAGUGAUCAUCUCCUUGGAAGGGCUUGAACUGAUGAGGACAGUCACUGAGAGGGGCAGGAUCUAACUUGCCUUCAGAAGAAUCCAGCCCAUUCUACUCUGCACCAAUAUUUCACUUUUUCCUUCUUCAUUAGUGUUGCUGUGGGUAGACAUAAACAGAACACCCAUUAACCAAAUUAUCACAAAUGGGAGAAAAACUUACAGAGAACAUGGCAACUAGAUUCUUGUUGACAAGCCAAGACCUUUAUGACAGAGAAGUUUAUGUCCCAUAUUUUAGUACAUUGGGAUGAGCAUAUAUUUUCAGUAAUAUGUUUUCAAAGCUGAAAAUACAUAGCUUGAUCUUGGCAGUACUUCAGCUAUAGCAGCUGUAUCCUGUAAUUUACUAGGAACGUGUUCUCAUGACUGCUGUGUCCCAAAAUGCUGUUUAGUACUAAAAAAUCUUGCAUUUGCUUCUUAGAGAGUUUCCCUUGGGCUUGAAAUUUGUAUCUGAACAUUAUAAUUAAUACAUUACAAACCACAUAAUCUGAGACUAUACUCAUUUGCAGAACAGAAGAAAUUGUCCUUAUAGUAUAAAUUGCUAAUGUUUCAUGUAAAUAUUUAAGGCUUUUUAAAUUUUGUUAGAAACUGCCUGGUGUGAAUAAUCUGUUAAGCACUUAUGUUCCACUUAAAUUUUAAUUUGGCUUGUGGAAAAUGGAAUUCACAAAGAUUGUGCUUGGAAAACUACUUGUGCUUCAGAAGCUCAUAUUGAAAGAGAAGUUAAUCAAGGCUGAGGUGUAUACCUAAAUUCCAUGCUCUUAGAAGGCCAGGGAAUCCCAUACACUGUUCGUCCCUGGUGUAUGAGUUACCUCAAAAUAUUUCAUUUGUUCUCUUGUUUUAAGUUUUGCAAAAAGCUAAGUUUCCUGUUCCUCUUUCUGUUCUUGUCACCAUCUUGUCACCAUAUGACAAUGCAAUAGGAAUUAAAAAGUACGAGUUUUCAGUGUUUUCUCUGUCCAGUAAAUUGUAUUUUAGUAGCAUUUGGGUUUGUUUUGAGUUUUUAAAUAUUCUGUAAUUCAGCUCCUUGACAUUUACACUUUGCUCCUUUAAUCAAUGGAACUCCAAAGUAAUUGAAGAUCAGUUCAUAUUGUAUGCAAAUUAAAAUGCAGCACAUAAAUAAUUAUCAAUGUUAAUAGCAAUAUUUUUAUGCCCUUUUAUGUAUGAACACUUUUAUACCAUUUUAAUAUUUAAAUGUGCUUUAUAAACAAGUAUGUUCUUUCUGGUUUUCAGAGGGCAAAGGGCAUAAAUAGUGACAACCAGUCCAAAAACUUUCUGUUUGUAAGCAAAACCUGCUCACUCUCAAAUACAAAUAAAUGUAUUUUCCUG